AUGGCUGAGGAGACGGACAACCAGAGUCGAGCCCCGGGGGCGCCAGCAGCAACAGCUGCACCAGCCGCAACGACGCCACCUGCACAAGCAAUGUCGCCUCCAGCGGAAAGCCAAGCCAGUCCGCCCACCAGUUCGCCAGUUGAUACUCAACAAGUUGCCAACGAUGUGAUAGUUGAGGCAGAUGAAGGAGAGACUACUGACAAUGCAUCAACUAUUGAUGAGCGGAUCUCUAAUUACACUGCGUCUCUAUCUUCAAGUGUCAUUGAUUAUCCUAUGGAAUAUGGCCGACGAUAUCAUGCCUUCAGACCCGGCUCAUAUAUAAUGCCGAACGAUGAGGUAGAAAUGGAAAGACUUGACAUGACACAUGCCAUGAUGGUCAAAGCAAUCAAGAAUAGGCUAUUCCUUGCUCCGCUCGAGAAAGAAAAGAUUCAACAAAUUCUUGAUGUCGGCACUGGUACUGGUAUCUGGGCUGUUGAAAUUGGCGAUAUCUUUGAGAAUGCUGAGGUUAUUGGAGUGGAUCUCAGCGCUAUCCAGCCGUCUUGGGUUCCUGUCAAUGUCAGAUUCGAAAUUGACGACGUCGAAAGCCCGUGGGUCCAUCAAACAAAGUACGACUUUAUAUUUUGCCGAUUUAUGGCUGCGUCUAUAGCGGACUGGCCCAAGUUGGUCAAGAACAUCUACGAUCACUUGAACCCGGGAGGUUGGGCCGAGUUCCACGAGAUGGACCCGGAGAUUUACUCAGACGAUGGCACUUACACUGAAAAGCAUGCCACUUGGCCCUGGAACCAGACUUUCUUGAAGACCAUGAGGAGCAUCGGGCGGGAACCCUCGCCUGGUCCGAGACUGGAAGGCUGGGUGAAGGACACUGGCUUUGAAAACAUUUUCCACCAGCGUUUCAAAGCACCCCUCGGCCCCUGGCCUAAGGAGCCACAUUAUAAGGACUUGGGUAUGCUCAACUUGGCUCAAAUGCUCGAAGGUCUCGAGGGAUUUACUUUGAGAGUCUUUUGUGGCGUCCUCGGCCGAACCAAGGAAGAGGUGCUGGUUGAGACCGCGCAAGUUCGGAAGGAAAUGAAGGAAGGCGCAUACCACGGCAUCUAUGACCUCCAUGUUGUUUACGGACAGAAGCCUCUCAACGAGGCGCCUUCGUCUACAACGCCUUAG